CGCACUGUAUCGUUGCUUAGCGACCGGCAGAAUAUGAAUUUGAAUCCUGCGCGGAUGAAAAUAGCACGUGUUUGCGCACGGUAAGAAGGCACAAUACCUUUUGUUGAGGAGGUGCGGAAGGUUCCGACUUGGUCUGAGUGAAAAUGCGCUGGAACGUCUGCAGCCUUGUUCUUCUCUGCGUUGUCAUGGUAAUGACACAAGAUACGGAAGAAGGUCUUCGAUUGAAGGUUGUGACCAUAGCAACCAAUGAAACUGAUGGAUACAAGAGGUUCAUGCGAUCGACCCAAAUGUUUGACAUUGAUGUAGAGGUUGUGGGGAUGAAUGUGACGUGGAGAGGAGGAGAUGUUGUUCGUUUCCCUGGCGGAGGUCACAAGGUCAACAUGUUGCGUCCGGUGGUGGAGAAGUGGCAGGAGGAUGAGGGGCUGGUGGUGAUGUUUGUGGACAGCUAUGACGUGGUACUGACUAUGGGACCAGACCAGAUGCUGCAGAAGUUCCUAGACUUUGACUGCAGACUGGUCUUCUCUGCAGAAUCCUUCUGCUGGCCCGACGUCUCUCUAGCGUCAAAGUACCCUCGUGUCGGUCUGGGAAAGAGGUUCCUAUGUUCAGGAGGAUUCAUUGGCUAUGCGAGGGAGGUGGCGGCAGUUGUGGGAGACCAUGUCAUUGACGAUACUGAUGAUGACCAACUCUACUAUACCAACAUAUACCUGGACCAGGGAAAGAGGACAUCGCUGGGCAUUAGACUGGACCACAGGUCUCAUUUCUUCCAGAACCUCAAUGGAGCCAAGGAUGAGGUUGAUCUCAGAAUUAACUCAACAGAUGCCACUGUUAUCAAUAGCAUCUACGACACCACACCAGCAGUUCUCCAUGGCAACGGACCCUCCAAGGUCCAUUCUUAUUACGAUGUUUUCUCUUUCUUUACCACCAUUUUUAGGUCUGGAAAUAAAUUGUGUAAACUUGUUCAUUUUUUCAGGAGCAAAAUGACCGUGUGUAAACAUUUGCGUAGUACCCACUAUAAGCCACAUUCUAGAGUGCACAGCGUCAUUGGCCCUGAUGGUAGGGUGUUCCUAAACUACCUCGCAAACUAUGUCCCGGGUGUGUGGUCUGAGAGUGGAGGGUGCAGAGGAUGUGAGGAGACCAGCUCUCCACUGCCAGAGGACAAGGAGGCCUGGCCUGCAGUGCUAGUUGCCGUGACUGUGCCUUCUCCCUCUCCCUUCCUGUCAGAUAUGUUGGAGAGAGUGACAUCUCUGGACUACCCUCUUUCCCGCCUCUCUCUCUUCAUACACAACCAGGUUUCUAACACUGUGAUUGUCAGCCAGUUGCUUCUCCUCUUUGUCACUGUCUCUUCAAGCUACCUCCAAGGUUGUGAAAGGUUUUGCAUUUUUUGCAGGCAUGUGAGUAAAUGAAAUGGCAAGCCAACCAUCCCCAAUACUUUGAUAAUAGUUGGCGGGUGGAUUAGCAGCACCAUUUUUGCAUUUCUCUAUAAUCCAUAUUUCGCCUCUAUUUCGCUGCCCUCGACCACCAGCCUGUGUUGUUUGCAGGCACAACACCACGAGCCUCUGCUGUCUGCCUGGUAUGAGGUAGUGGGCAGCGGGUAUGCCAACACCACCUACAUCUCUCCAGCAGUGGGCGUGGCCACUGCUGACGCCAAGAGGAAGGCCCUGGAGGCGUGUCUCAACAUGUCAUGUGACUAUGUCUUCCUCCUCGACUCGCUGGCAAUGCUAGAUUCACCUUUGACCUUGCAGCAGCUUAUAUAUCUCGGCAGAGACGUAGUCUCACCUCUCCUAGUCAGACCAGAGAAAAUGUUCUCCAACUUUUGGGGCGACCUGGCCUCUGACGGAUUCUAUGCCAGAUCUAGAGAUUAUGUCACUAUCAUUGGCAACGAGAGAAGGGGUGUGUGGAAUGUACCGCUCAUCAACCAGGCAAUCUUGAUAUCUGGAAGUUGGCUGAGGAGAAAUGCACAUGACCUGCCUUCCUGGGAGAGCCAAGUCCUUGACAGUGACAUGGCCUUUGCUGCGUGGAUGAGAGAGAGGGGUCACUUCAUGUACGUCAGUAAUCUCCAUGACUACGGUCACCUUCUCAAUGGAGACAGUUAUGAUGCCUCACGUGUCCAUGGUGACAUGUACCAAAUGUUUGACAAUAACCUGGACUGGGAGAGAAAGUACGUCCACAAAGAUUGGUUACAAGUUCUGCAGGAAAACUACACUCUAGAACAGAGGGACAAUGCUGUUGGUGUGAUGCAUAGUUUCCAGUUCGAUUCCUGGCCUCAGCAGCUUUUUUGUUUUUUUGCUCACUUCACGAGUGUUGUACACCAUGGCCCGUGUCCUGAUGUGUACUGGUACCCUCUCAUCUCGGAGGCAUUCUGUGAUGAGCUGGUGGAGGAGAUGGAGCACUUUGGUCAGUGGAGUGGUGGUACUAACUAUGAUGAGAGGGUCAGUGGUGGCUAUGAGAAUGUGCCGACUAGAGACAUCCACAUGAACCAGAUUGGGUUUGAGAAACAGUGGCUUGAGCUCAUCAAGAAAUACGUAGUGCCAGUACAACUGAAGGUCUUCCCCGGAUACUUUUCCAAGGGUCAUGCCAUCAUGAACUUUGUGGUUAAGUACCACCCCCAGGGCCAGUCUAAUCUGAGACCACAUCACGAUUCCUCCACAUUCACUAUCAAUGUGGCCCUCACUCGCCUUGGCGUCGACCACCAGGGAGGUGGUUGUCGGUUCCUUCGCUACAACUGCAGUGUUGUGGAGACAAAGAUAGGAUGGACGUUCAUGCACCCGGGCAGACUCACCCACUGGCACGAGGGACUCACUGUCACUGGUGGCACACGAUACAUCGUGGUCUCCUUCAUUGACCCUUGAACUAACAAACAACCUCUUGUGGACACGAAUCAUUGCCUACAUGAUCAGCUGUUUAUUUUCAAUGUUUAAGUUGCUUUUGGAAAUAGAGUAACUAUUUUCAGCUACGUAUUGCUCAUGCUGUUGUCAAAUUCACUGGUUACUGUACACACAGAUCGACAUAGCUUUCAUUUUCAAUGGCACAUGCACUAUAUUAUGUAAUGGCUACAUAGGUAUAUACUCUGAUGAAGUAAAAAAACUGUAGUCAUCAAUACUAAGAGGAUACAAACAUGUAAUUGUCUAGAAUAAUGGUGUAGCAGAGUUUGCAUCAUAAUUAUAAUAACACGACUAGUGGUUGUCGGGUGAAGUGGGACAUCUUCAUCGGCCACCUGGCCUGAAGUACAGCUUGCGAGUCAACAUAGUGACAGGCGCUGGGAUUUGCUUGUUGCGACCACGUGACUGGAAGUCAUAGGCCACUUUGCGGUUCACCUCAGUCAAGAUGUCCAUGAAAUGCUCUUUACUCGCCAGUUCUCUCAUUGUGUCCACAAAUGCCUUGAUGAACCACGACCCGUACUCUGAAUUACGCCAGGAGACGUACCCAGGAACUGUGGCAUAGGCCAAGACAAAGUCAGCCUCAGUUGGCAGGGCCUCUCGUGAGUAUCCUCCACCGUCAGUCUCGUCUGCAUCCAGAGCCUUCUCUAUGACUCUGUCGAACUGAGAGGACUAAUCACAAUGUUGACACCAGUGGAAUUGAGGAAUGUGUGAGCAUAAGUGAGUUGCCCUUGUUUCAGGGCUAAAUUACAACUGGUGUCCUUUAUAGAGGUGCCUAUUAGGGGUGUCACCUAGAGAGCUGUUCCAGUGUUUGUGUCACCUGUUUUUCCAUAAGUUCCUUCACCUGUUCGUUGUCAUCUGCAGCAGUGUCACCUCCAUCUGUGGACUCACUGUCUACUCCAUAGUCAAACUUGCCUCCCCGACAUGCCUGAACAAUGAACACCUUUGGCUUCCCAAUGAGUGAGGGACAAUUGACGCCAUCAAAACACCUGGUGAGUUCUUCUAUUGGGACGAGGUCACCAUCAGUGCUGUACAGUCUGCCGCUAAUGCCGUGUGUCAGUAGAGCUAUCACAACACAGUCGUAAGCAGAGUGGUCACGACGUGACAGAUCCUGGGCGAAAGUCAGUAACAGAGAAGAACUAAAAUCUGGACUCUCACCUCAAACUCCUUUGUUAUUGCCUUCCCAGUGAGGUUGUCCUUACGCAUGGUGGCCAGCCCCAGCCAGUUGAACAGGCUGAACAGGUUUUCAGCGUCUUUGUUAGUCCCCACCCUCUCCUUCAUGCCACAGGUAAAGUUGCGGUUGUUUAUUAUGAGUGCCAUGCCUCGCGGCUUGCUCGACAUCUUGUAGGCAUCUUUCCUCCCCACAUCCGUACCCUCCUCGGGAGGAGGAGGAAUGGGGGGGUGGGAAGUGGGUGUGGUUGCCACAGGAGCAGGCCAGUCGUCGUAGGUAGUCACUGGCUCUGGGUCAUUAGUAGGGGGUGGAGUUGGGCGUGGUUUCUCAGGGAAGAAAUUUCUAAUUUUGUGGAUGAGAUCAGCAUUUGCCUCUUGCUGUUCAGCCAAGCACUCCACAAGAAUGUCCAGAACACGCGAAUCUCUUCUACGGAGAGCUUUCAUCAGCUCAUCAGCUGCCUCUCCAUCUGUCCUUGCCACGCCUAUUCGUUCGUACUCGUUCCACGUCAACUGAUCUCUGCCGUACAGGUCAUGGCGGACGUCUUUGGCCGCGAGCUGUCUCUGGAAAACUGGAGUCAGCUUUCUUAACGCCGCAUCGAACUCCUUCUGGCGAGGGUCCAUCCUUUUUCUACACUCACUUCGUGUAGAAUACACCCCUGUUUUAUGAGGUCAAAGGUGGGAAGGUGGGCGUGGCAUAAUUCAUUGUCGGCCUGGGAGAAACACCUCGGCUUAGAUCCAAAAGCGGACGGAUCACAGGAUGCUGACAGUUAUAGCUGUGGAGGCAUAGUACUCGCUGUUCCAAAUUUGCAAACCGCAGGAGAACGUAGGGGAACGGCUAAACGGUGGUCCUGAAGUCGUGUCCGUGUUCACGCCGCCGCUGGCUCUGAAGUAAAUGACGGAGCAAUGAGGCAUCAACGGAGGUACUGUCCACCAUCAGUGGGACCACUCUAGAGAAGGCAAAGAAGGAGUUGUUUGAGGUUCCGGAGGAGCGGCUGGACAAGGUCCGCGAGUUGCGACUGAGGAUCCUGGAGGCCGAGAAGAACACGGACUUUCAUGGCGUAGUAUUUUCUCGCAAAGACAGUCGUUUCCUCCUACGGUUCCUCAGAGCCAGAAAGUUUCAGGUGGACAGGGCUCUGCAGCUUUACCUCAACUACUACAAGUACAGACACAAGCACUCACACCUGCUGGGAGACCUGAGUCUUCAGUCAGUGCAGCAUGUGCUGCAGAGAGGUUUCUUUGCCCUCCUGGACACCCCCAGCAAGUGUGGCUCUAGGACCAUCGUCGUCUUCCCUGCCAGGGUGGACCUGGAGAAGAUUCCUCCUGUGGACUGCCUCAAGGCCCUUCUGCUGGUACUAGAGGCUGUGAUUGAAGACGAAGAGGUCCAGGUAAGACUGAGCCCUCUUCCUGUGUGGCCACCC